UCUCAUUUCUCUAAAUUCUAAGACCAAUUUGUUUCUCAUUCUUUCUCGUUUCUUCCCACUCUCUUUUUUUUCUUUCCCCCAAUUUCCAAAUCUAAAUCCUGAAAGGCUAAAACCCUAGCCCCAAACCAACGAUUUCAAGCCCCAAUCCAUCUACCACCAGCAACGACGAAGGCGAUUGCUCUUGUGUCGGCCAAGUCAGAAGCUCGAACAGAUUGCUGCUCAAGCACAUAGAUUAGUGAAAGUUGUGAGUUCAUUCCUUUCCAAGAAUUAAUGGUGGGCGAGUCCACAUAUGUACCGCCACCUUAUGUACCCCUGAGACAGUCAGAUGCGGAGGCAGAUUUAGUAUCUCUUACAGAUGUAAUACCUGCAGCCCAGCACAUUAAAAAUGGCCCAGAGCAGUGGUCUUCAGGAAUCUGUGCUUGUUUCGAUGAUAUGCAGAGCUGUUGUAUUGGACUUGUCUGCCCCUGCUAUCUUUUUGGGAAGAAUGCAGAGGUUUUGGGAUCUGGAACUCUGAUGGGAUCCUGUAUGAUGCAUUUUAUUUUGUGGGCUCUUGUUAACACCUUUUGCUGCAUGUUGCCUGAAGGAUUUAUGUUGGGUAUACCUGGAUGCUUUGUGGCAUGUUAUGCCUGUGGAUACCGCAAGAUAUUAAGGUCAAAGUACAAUCUAGAGGAAGCACCAUGCGGAGAUUUCAUCACUCAUUUCUUCUGCCAUUUAUGCGCCAUAUGUCAAGAAUACAGAGAAAUCCGUGAAAGGUCACAAGAAUCAAGUUCCUCUAACCGGAAUUCAGCCGAAGUGAUAGCCCCCACUGUGCAGACAAUGGAAUCAGCUUCCGCAAAAUAACCUGUCUUUUGCCAUUACAUUAUUCAGUUUGUAAUGUUUUUCUAUCUUUAAAAAUUUAUGUCGGUCAUAGUCUUACGUUACUCCUUAAUAAACAUGUUAAAUUGUUUCUCACUAGGCUCUCGUUCUAACUUUUCCCCUCUUCUUCAACAUGACUUUUCAUGUUUGAUC